CUAAAUCAAAAUGUCAAAACAAAUAUAGGAUUAUUGGGCAUAUGGAUUAAUAAUCUCAAUCCUAUACUUUAAUCCUUCCAAUCAAACAUGCCCUCUAUUGUUACUUACAAUGCAGAGGUUUGUGAGACUCUGUUCCAUGGCUCCUCUGUUUCUGUUUCUUGGUCUUCUUCCUCUAGCUUUGGCUGGCCAUGACCAUGGACAAGCUCUCACCAAGAGCAUUCUCUUCUUCGAAGCUCAGAGAUCUGGUUACCUUUCCAGCACUCAGAGAGUCCAAUGGAGAGGCCAUUCUGGUCUCAACGAUAGCAAAGCCAAUGGGGUGGAUCUGGUAGGAAGGUACUAUGAUGCAGGGGACAAUGUGAAGUUUGGGUUACCAAUGGCUUUCACAAUUACAAUGAUGUCAUGGAGUAUUGUUGAGUAUGGGAGGCAAAUGGCUGCAAGUGGAGAGCUCAGUAAUGCCAUGGAAGCUGUUAAGUGGGGCACUGAUUACCUCAUUAAAGCUCAUCCCCAUCCCUUUGUCCUCUAUGGAGAGGUGGGAGAUGGGAACACAGACCACUACUGUUGGCAAAGGCCAGAGGACAUGACCACUUCAAGGCAAGCUUACAAGAUCGACCCAAACAACCCCGGGUCGGACCUCGCCGGCGAGACCGCCGCCGCUAUGGCUGCCGCCUCCGUCGUCUUCCGCCACCACGACCCCUCCUAUGCCAAUGAGCUCCUCUCUCAUAUCUCUGGGGAAAUACUGUGCACUGUAUAACUAAAAAAAUUUAUAAUUUUGAUUUUUUGAAUUAUAAUUAAAAAUAUAUAUUAUAAGUAAAUUUAAUCUAAGAUAUAAUUAAAAAAUUUAUGAAUGAUGAUAAUUAAAUAAAAAAAUUUAUUAUAAUUAAAAAAAAUAAUAUAAUUAAAUGGAUAUAUAGUAUAUCUUUUUUAAAGGGUAUAUUAAAAUUUUCCUAUUGUCGGUAGUGGGUGGUAGUAGGCUUAUAGUGGCGUAUGUUAGCAAGGGAGGGGGGGCCUAGGUUAAGAAAGGGGUUGCAGUUAAUAUAGGUUGUUACGAUUCAGCACUUUAUACAUGUGUAUAUGUGUGUAUCAGUCAGGCUGGUUGUUGUUUGGCAGUGUAUUUAUGAAACAAAUCAUUCUAAUUUAUAACACAAUAAGGAACAAAUGAUAAACUAUUUUUUAGAAAAAUAAAGAAAUUAUUUUUGUUGUGUUAAAAGACUAAAAUGCCCUUAUGAGAGAAAUUUUAAUUUGCAUAAUUUUUAAAUUCAAAUUUCAAAUACAGACUUAUUGUAUCUUUAAUUUUUUUGCAUAAUUUUUUUGAAAUACAAAAAAAAUAAUGUCUUUCUAUCAGACUUUUCUCUAAUUGGUUUAAAUAUUCAAUUUAAAUUUUGCGAUAGAAAUUGUCGGAGUCACAAUAAAGUCUGUUAUUGUUGGAUUGACAAUUUGUCGCACAAAAUUUAAAAUAUAUGUUUCAUUCCACUGGGAAGAAAUUAACCCCUAACAACAAAUGUGGUGACAUGGUAUAUAUUUUAGGUCUUCAUUAAUAAUUAAGGGACUCUACUGAAUUUUUUCUCUCUUUUUUUUCUUCUAUUUCAGUAAUACAUUUGUUUUAAUAUUAUUAUUGUGCUCUUACAUUUUCUUAAUGUUGUGAUUGACCACCAAAAUCUUAUCCUAGUGAGAUGCUUUUUGGCCUAAAGUUUCACUUCAAAUUAACAAAAGGCAAAAGACAAAAUUUUAAAAAGAAACAUUAAAGGAAGACAUGACCCAUGGGUGUGACCAUGUGAGCUGUAGUUGUCUACCUCCAUAAUAUGAAUUUCAUAAGUGGUCAAAAUGUGAAUUUUCUCAUAAUGUUAAAAUU